CCUCUGCUGGCGGUAACAAGAGCGCAUCCAUUCCAAGCAGGGAAAGUGCGAUAUUUAUCAGCAGGUGCAAUUAGUUCUGUUACGGGUGCCAAGCGGAAAGCAUCACAAGCUGCAGAUAGUUUUUGUUUAUUCGAGGAAAUGAAGUGCAAAGUAGGAUUUACGAUUCUGCUUGGAUUAUUAUUGACUGUGCAAACUUUGAGAUUUAAUUUUACGAGCGGGGGGCACAAUAGAAGUUCUCCACCGGCGAAUCGUCGUGCUCCCAAGCUCGGACUUGUCUUCGAGGAUUGCGGGGCUCGCUUCGAUGUGACUGCGAUUUGGUUAUCCAGUUGUUCCAGUGUACCUUGUGUUAUGCCGCACAAUGCUAACGUAUCAGUCAGUGUCGCGUUCCGUACCAACGGAGCCCUGAUUACACCCACGCUGAGACACGAAGCGUACUUUAUAAUCCUUGCCGCGCGAAUCAAGGCAACUAUCAGUCCAACCACGUGUGAAGCUUCACUCUGUCCGUUAGUAACUGGCACCGACGGAAUGAUGUUCCACGCGUCCCUUCACAUCAGCCCCAAGCUACCGACGCUGCUAGGAAAGCUCCGCUGGGAACUACGUAACGAAGCGAAUGAGGUGGUGUUGUGUUAUCAGCUACCCGUUCGAAUAAGCGUGCGCUGAGGGAAGCUUUCCGCUGUGGAAAGUGCUGCACUCUAGUUGUGGAAACGAAUGAGAUUGAAUGAACGGAGGAUGGUGACGACAUAGCAGUGGCGCUGUGAUCGUUUGAAAGUUAUUUAGCUAUGUUUUAAUAAUGUUUUAGAAUGGCUUAGUCACAGAAUGGACAGGUCAAAGAGAUUUGCUAUCUUUUGAAAUUGAUUUAUAUUUUUGAAUUAUUUAAUAUAAAAUAAAGAAAAAAUCGCCGUGUAAAACUCUUGUCCCAGAAGCUAUUUGAAGUUCGAUUUAGUCAAUUUCU